AUGCGUUACUCUACGCUCACCUCUACUGUCCUUUUGGCGGUGGCAACAGCUCCCGCGCUCGCUCACCCGGUCACCAUUCGUGCGACAGAGGAUGCCUCCCUCAUUGAGCGUGAGCUCCAAGGCGGACUGGUGGAGCGCGGCUACUACGACGACCUCCUCACUCGGGACCUUGAGGCGCGCAAAAACGCUGACGAUGUUCAUCAGAGUCAUCCGUCAGCGAGCCAGGGCCGGCAGUCUGGGCCUAUACACCACUAUGUCUGGUACCCGGGGACUGCCCAUGAAUAUCCACAUCAGCGCCCUGGGUAUAGGCCUCCUAAUAGUUCGCCUCAGCACUCUGGGUCUAGGCCUAGUUCGCCACGCCCGCAUCCACGGGAGUACGACCUCGGUGGCGAGUUGUUCAUUCGCACGGCCGAGGAUGCCUCUAUAGUCGAGCGUGAGCUCCAAGACGGACUGGUGGAGCGCGGCUACUACGACGAUCUCCUCACUCGGGACCUAGAGGCGCGCAAAUCCCCUGAUGACUCUGCGGAUAAGGCACGCGCCGCGAAAGUGGUUGCCAAUAUAAGGGCGGACCAGGCGCUUCGGCGCAUGCGGACACAGACCCUUUCGCGGGCGGCGCGCGGGGGGUACUUGCACGUCGUGACUGCGCCGUCGCAUCCUGUGCCGUAUGAGACGCAUCCUCUGAUGCAUCCUGCGCAUAUCGGUGGCUCGGGGCAGAACGGCGGCUCGGGGGCCCACGGAGCCCACGGCGGCUCGGGAGCCCACGGCGGCUCGGGAGCCCACGGCGGCUCGGGAGCCCAUCCCCAUCCCCGGGAGUAUCAGCUCGACGGCGAGCUGUUCGAGCGUGGCUUCGAGGUAGACGAGCUUGACUGAGCGGACGUACUUGGCAUGAUUGUGCAUCAGUAGAAGUCGGAUUUUGCUAGCGGUUGCUAACGGUUGCUGACACGCUGACCGAUGCUAACGCCAAAGCGUUAGAAACCGUCAGCGUGUCACUGAAUGCUCACCUUCGUUAGUCGUUAGCAAAAAGGUGCACUUUGCUAACAGUUUGUGACGGCCACUGACACACUUACUGAAGCCUCACCCGAUUGGCGUGUAGCAGGGCUUGUGUGAUCACUGGUACACUGGCAUAUCGAUUACAUUCAUUCUAUCUAUGUAGCUGUCUACUCUAUAA